AAGAUCUGUUUGAUAUAUUAGGAAUAAAUAAUAAUAUUAAUAUUAAUAAUAAUGAAAGCAAUAAGGAAAACUCGAUUUCUUAUUCACAAAAUAGUAGUACAUCAACCCGCAGUACAUCUGUAGGAUUUGACGUGUUCAUGGACGAGCUCAUAAACACUCCAAUGAAACCAGCUAUAAAGAAAACGAACCCACUUAGAGAAAUAUCCUCCAACAAGAAAUCAUCAACAACAACAACAAAAAUAGACAAAUCACUUGUUCAAUCUAAUGAAGACGAAGAGCACAUUUGGGAUGAAUUUGACGACGAUGCUCUAGUCAACAUGAGUGAUUCUUCCUCUACUUCUUCCUCUAGUGAUCUCAACAAAGGAGUGGUACAACCCAUAGAUUUUACACAACUUGGAUUCAAGACAGCAAGUGGGAAAGCUCUUAAGCCAGUAUCAAAAGAUGCCAUACGAAAGGCACAUGAUCUACUCACAGAGGCUGUAGAGCUUGCACCAUCACCUUCAUUUUCAGGAUUCAAAACAGCUUCAGGAAAACAGCUGAAACCUGUAUCAGAAGAGGCUAUAAAAAAGGCACAGGCCUUAUUUGAAGAUUGCGAUAAACUACUCGACACUACAGAUAAUACAACCAAGUCAGCCCAAAUGAGCUCCUUCUUUACAACAGCCUCUGGGAAAGUUCUGGCUGCUCCUAAAGAAGAAUCUAAAAAAUUAGCAGAAUCCUUAUUUGACAACAACCAGGUCGAAAGCAAUAAUAAUCAUCUAGGCAUCAAACGCACCGUUAGCUCUGUAUCUCUCUAUAGUCGAUCAUCAUCACCUACUAGAUCUCUUUCGAGUAAGAGUGUGCAAGAGACCAGCAAUAAGCGAUACAAGACAUCACUGCUCGGAAAGAAUAAACAAAACAAGCCAUUCAAAUCACCCAUCAUCCGAUCUAAUAUUGAAUUGACAAAGGCAGCCAUCGGAAAUAGAAGCACACCUCGUACAUACGGUUCUACUCUUUUUGAUUUGACAGUACCGAAAGAACGCAUGAGGCUUUCUUCUUUGGGAAAACCAUCAAGAUAUACAAGACAAGAACUCUUAUCCAAAAAGAUUGUUGUAGACCCCCUGAGAUCAUUGACAUGACGAGCACAACCUCAGUAAACUACAGAUUUGAUAACUGGGGGCCGAAAGAAGCACAAACGGAAAUAUUGGAUGCUGGUGCACUGCCACAUAGAGUCACGCUUGGCUGGAUAGAAAAUCACUAUCGUUGGAUCGUUUGGAAGUUAGCUUGUCAAAUCAGAUCAUACCCUGACGUGUUCAUGAAGGAUUGGAAGCCAGAGACAGUGUUUCAUCAACUACUGUAUAGAUACGAACGAGAGGUUAAUCAGGGCCACCGACCUGUGCUGAAAAAGAUUUUAGAACAAGAUGAUAUUGCUGCUAAGCAUAUGAUUUUAGCUAUUUCUGAUAUAAUUGGAAUCAAAGCGCCUGCAUACUACAAUACAUGUAAGUCUG